GAUAAUAGAUCGAAAUAUCAAGUAACUAGUAAGGUCAGCCCUAGUUUCGACCUUUUUUUUCGUCAACGGUGGCGGAUUAACUUUUUUUAUUCAAUACCUAGUAGGCUAACAGUUCAUCAUGUUCCGUAAUAUUUCUACUGCGGUGAAAGGAUGUACCGAAGUCGUGGCGACCACAUCCACUAAGGCGCCGUGCCCAGGUAAACCGUCUAAACAAACUGUGCCGCCUAGGAAAAUCUACCUGACCAACUUCACCUUGCAAAGUAGUCUGCUAUCCAAGAAAGCAUUGACUCCAGUUACCGCGACCCAAAUUCGUUUGGUCCACACCGAUUUCAAGAUCCCAGAUUACACCGAUUACCGUCGUAACUCUGUGAAAGACCCGAGCGCUUCUAACCGCGACACAUAUGAAAAUCGAAAUGCCUUCACAUACAUGGUUCUGGGUACUGCCGUCACUGGCACAAUGUUCUGCGCUAAGGCAAUCGUUCACAAGUUUGUCUUGUCAAUGGCACCGGCCGCCGAUGUCUUGGCCCUGGCAUCCAUAGAAGUUAACCUUAAUGAUAUACCGGAGGGCAAGAAUGCAACCAUCAAGUGGAGAGGAAAGCCCUUGUUCGUAAGACAUCGUACAACCGCAGAAAUCGAAACAGAACAAAAUACCUCUCUAGCUGAACUCAGAGACCCAGAGGACGACUCUGUCAGAGUUCAAAAGCCCGAAUGGUUGGUAAUCGUUGGAGUAUGCACUCAUUUAGGUUGUGUACCAAUUGCAAAUGCAGGAGAUUGGGGUGGUUAUUACUGCCCAUGUCA